UCGUCGUAGUAGGCUUCGGGAAAUUCUCGUGCUGGAGACGGGGUGCGCCGUCAAAGCGCUCUCUGCAUCGGGUUACGCCAUCAUUCAUCCAGGGUCAUUCGGUUCAGCGGGGUAACGGAGAUGAUGGCCACAUCACGGGCGCGCGUGCCUCCGUGCUCCUCAUGACCGACCGGCGGCGGCGGCAGCAGCAGCGUGCGGGUUUGGGUUUGUUUCACACCGGGCUGGCGUGGAUCCGAUCCCACCGUCUGGUGGAGCGUCUGCCAGGCUGAGUCACCACUGGAGUGUUUGAAGGGUGAAAGUGAAGGAGGAGGCUGAGACGUUACAUCACAACGUGACCGAGAAAGUGAGAGGAAGAGUGUGAGAGAACUGAGAGCGGAGCGAGGGAACAGGACCGAACCGCCAGCACUGGACUGACCCUUGAACUCUGACCUCGGAGCCAACAUGAACGACCAGAACGUAGUGAAAGAGGGAUGGGUGCAGAAGAGAGGUGAAUACAUUAAGAACUGGAGGCCACGGUACUUCCUGUUAAAGACAGAUGGGUCGUUUAUUGGAUACAAAGAGAAGCCGCAAGAUGCAGAUCUGGCUUAUCCACUCAACAACUUCUCUGUGGCCAAGUGUCAGCUGAUGAAGACGGAGAGACCCAAGCCCAACACCUUCAUCAUCAGGUGUCUGCAGUGGACCACUGUGAUCGAGCGCACCUUUCACGUGGACACGCCUGACGAGAGGGAUGAGUGGGUCGAGGCCAUUCAGAUGGUGGCAGACAAGCUGGCCAAACAGGAAGAGGAAGGAAUCCUGUGUAGCCCCAUCUCUCAGAUCGAAAACGUCAACGAGGAAGAGAUGGACACGUCGACUAGUCAUCACAAACGAAAGACAAUGAAUGACUUUGACUAUCUGAAGCUGCUGGGGAAAGGCACAUUUGGGAAAGUGAUUCUGGUGCGAGAGAAAGCCAGCGGGACAUAUUAUGCAAUGAAGAUCCUGAAAAAGGAGGUUAUUGUUGCCAAGGAUGAAGUUGCUCACACGCUCACCGAGAGCAGAGUCCUGAAGAACACUAGGCAUCCCUUUCUAACUUCACUGAAGUACUCGUUUCAGACGAAGGAUCGUUUAUGUUUUGUUAUGGAGUAUGUGAAUGGAGGAGAGCUGUUCUUUCAUUUGUCGAGAGAGCGCGUAUUUUCGGAGGACAGAACCCGUUUCUACGGCGCUGAGAUCGUUUCUGCGUUGGAUUACUUGCACUCUGCGAAAAUAGUUUACCGUGACCUGAAGCUGGAAAACCUGAUGUUGGAUAAGGACGGUCACAUAAAGAUCACUGAUUUCGGCCUGUGUAAGGAGGGCAUCACAGACACGGCCACCAUGAAAACGUUCUGCGGGACCCCCGAGUAUCUGGCCCCUGAGGUGUUGGAGGACAAUGAUUACGGGAGAGCGGUGGACUGGUGGGGUCUGGGAGUCGUUAUGUAUGAGAUGAUGUGUGGACGCCUUCCUUUUUAUAAUCAGGACCAUGAGAAGCUGUUUGAACUGAUUCUGAUGGAGGAGAUCAAGUUUCCCAGAACCCUCUCUGCAGACGCCAAGUCUUUACUGUCUGGAUUACUCAUCAAAGACCCCAACCAGAGGCUCGGAGGAGGCCCGGACGAUGCAAAGGAGAUCAUGGGACACAGUUUCUUCGCUAUGCUGGACUGGCAGGACGUCUAUGACAAAAAGCUGGUCCCACCAUUCAUGCCGCAGGUCUCGUCUGAGACGGACACCAGGUAUUUCGACGAGGAGUUCACGGCGCAGACCAUCACCAUCACCCCUCCAGAGAAGUACGACGAGGACGGGAUGGACUCGGCGGAUAGCGAACGCAGACCACAUUUCCCACAAUUCUCGUAUUCGGCUAGCGGGCGGGAGUGAUGUCAUCGAAUAACGGCCUUUAAGGAGCCUCGUGCAGUCAUGCUAGAAAGAGCCCCCCCCCCCCCCUCCUCUGUUUAAUUACCGAUAGUCAUAGCAAGUGGUUUUUUUGUUACUUUCUCUCCAUUUUUUUGUGGGACUUAAUAGGGGUUUUGCACAGUUGGGUGAGACUUGAGCUGGUCGACCCACAUUAAAAAGUCUCGUACACUUUCAGCUUGUUGUUUACAGAUCGUGGACAGUGUUUUUCGGGAGGAGGGGGUAUGAUUGAACAGUAUUGGUGAAGACCUGGAGUGUUUUUUUUUUUUUUGGUUUUUGUUGAGCACUCCUUUAACAGAGCCGUUGUGGGGAACAAACCAAAAAUGUUGCCUUAUGUGUGUGGAUCUCAUCAGACAGACCUGUUCCUGUGGGGCUCACGAAUUUCAUUUUGUUCUUGCAUUUUUAGCACACACACACACAUCCUUUUUUUCGUGCUUUCGGUAACAGAUGAAAACGGAGAAUGGGGAAAAUGGACUCUAGUGUUAAUAAUAUCUGUGUUUCUCUUUUAGUUUUAUCCUCACGCUCUGAUAUGAAGGUUUCCGUUCAAAUACACAACCAAACAACAAACUGCCGUUACUGUAAAGGUCUCUCAGGCAAUUCAGAGCACAAGUGUGAAUCUCACGAAACAUGCCAAGAACACAUCUGUGUCGUAUUUCACUGCAAAUCCAUAAAGAAAAUAAAUCAUAUUUUGCAUGAGGAACAUGGAGCAUAUUUUUAAUAUCGUUUAGAUGUUUUGUACUGCAACCGUUUCAUCACCAACAAAACUCUCAUCACUGCAAAUACAGAAAUAUGUAAUAAUAAUUAUCAUAUAAAAUAUUAUAAAAACAUUUGGUAACACUUUACAAUAUGGUUUUUAUUUGUUUAAAUCAAUGCACAACAGUAGUUAACAUGAACUAACAAAGAAUAACUGUUAAACAGUAUUAAUUAAUCCUAAUUUUAGCAUUAACCAGUGCAUUUUUAAUUAACAAAUGAUUUUUGUUCACAUUAGUUAAUGCACUGUGAACUAACAUUACAUUUUUAAUUAACUGACAAAAAAUUAUGAAAUGUUGUAAAAAUAUUUUGCCGUUAGUUGGUAAAUUAACUAAAGUUAACAAAUGAAAGCUUGUUAAGUGUUACCAGUAUGUACAUGUCAUUGGUAUUUGUUGUUCUGACUUUGAAAUAAAUCAAAAAGUAUUUUUAUCAUAUAUAUAUAUGCAAAGUAAAACCUUUGGAUUAAUUAUAGUAGUAAUUAAUUACAACUUUUUUGUGCAUUAUGAUAAUUAACAUUUCUGGCCAUUUUGUCAAUGAGCAAAAAUCUAAAUAGCCCCUAUUUUAUUUUAUUGUUUACUAAAUUCAAAUUUCUUGGUGGGAAAUACGACCUGCGCAUGUUUUCGUGAGAUUCAGCCACAAAUCUAUCCACCGCUGUGGUGAGACCCGCCCAGAUCUGAAGCCCUCGCCUCUGACACGCUUUGUAAAGCUCUCCAGGACAGACGGGUGAAGACUGGUGCUGGGCGGCUCUCAUCUUCACUGUACAGAGCUCCAGGUGUGUGUCUCUCAGCAGCACAGAGAGAGACCAGCAACCCCUGACCCUCACUUCUCAACACACACGCUGGACUGUUCCUCAAGAUGUAAAUACUAACCUCUCGCUCUCUUUUUACCAUUACUGUUACAUCACCUUUAUUCUUUUUAUUUUUGCAUAAAGAAGUUAUGAUCCUGUCUUGACAGCUGUGGAAAUCUUAUGGAUGUGUGAUGUUUGGAGUCAAUACCAAGACAGAUCACAGACUCAUUAUAUGUGCAACUGAGCCAUGCAAUAGCAGUGUGAAUGACCCCUGACCUUUGACCCCCAGCCCUCCUGUGUGUGUGGUGUACAUAUGCAAUGCCUUCUGUUUGUUACGCGUCACGGCCCGAGUGACUAAAGUGAAAAAAUAUGAAUUGAAAAAAGUGACCGAAUCAUUGGAGGAACGUGUAUCAUGUGGGUGUUUGCAUGGAGACGGCUUGCUAUGGUUUCAAUCCCAUCCUGUUUGUAUCUGAUCCAGUGAACGGUUCUUCAUAGCGAAUGAUAGGAGUGUGUGUGUGACUGUUCGUUAAACUUUCAGUUAUUUUCACACGCUGCGAAGCAUUCGGUCGGACAAAGGGAAAUCCUCAGUGGAUUUUCUACAUUUUGUUUUUUGUUUCAGCGUAUUUUUGUACUAUAGAUGUAAUUUGGUUGUAUUUAUUUUCAUAUGUUGGGAUGAAGGACGCUGUCGGCUGCGUUUAUUAAGUGCUCUCUCUCCCUCAUUAUUUUUUUAUACCUUUCCUUUAGUCUUUGGCCUGUUUUGUUUUCAUACCAAAACAUUAGAGCAGGUGCCCCGUAGAGGACUUGCAUUGCCAUUUGGUAGUAUUUAUUUUAAGUUAUAUUAAAAUGUUCAAAUUUC